AUGGUUGCGCUCCGGUCUCUUGUGGCCACUUUUGCUAGCACUGCAUUGUUAGCCCACUCCGCGAUUGCGCAUUCUGUGAAGAGAAGUCCUCUCAACUACGUCUCUGUCAUUGACAAUGUCAAGAUCCACACACCAUCUGGUCGAGUUCAUUCGCAUUCCGACUUCGACCUGACCUUUUCGCUUAACGGGGGAGAAGAGAGAGUCCGACUAUCGCUUCACCCGAACAACGACAUCCUCCAUGAUGACUUCGAAGUCACGUUUCUCGACUCGGAAGGAAGGGUCAAAUCGAGAGAAAAGGUGGAACGUGCCGAGCACAAGGUCUUUCGAGGUGACGCCUUCGUUGAACGCCCAGGUGAAGAUGGCUGGUCUCUGGGUGGAUGGGCGAGGAUAACGAUGCACCGCGAUGGAAAACAUCCGGUAUUUGACGGCUCUUUCCGCAUUGACGGCGAUAACCACCACAUCCACACCGGCUCCAAGUACAGCAACCUCAAGCACGAAGAUGAUCCUCUACCUGUAGACUGGGAGGAGAUACAAGAUCAUGAUGAAGUCAUGGUAGUUUGGCGUGACUCUGAUGUUCAAGACUUUCAGAGUCGUGGAGAGCUGAAGCGCGACGUCUCGAAGCCGUCCGAAUGCAUUUCAGACUCGUUAAAUUUUAACAACCAGUUUGACCUCGAGCUGAAGCGAUCAAGUGGGCUCCGAGGAAUCGAUCCGAGAAGUCUGUUCGGCCGCCAAAUUGAUGGAGGGUCGGGUGGUAGCGGUCAGGAUCUCAUUGCGACCAUUGGAGACACAGCUGGAUGCCCUACCACCAAGAAGGUUGCGCUGGUCGGGAUUGCUACUGACUGCACAUAUUGGAACGGCUUCAACUCUUCCGAGGAUCUCAGGAGGAACGUCAUCGGCAUAGUUAACCAAGCCUCCCAAGUCUAUGAAAAUGCCUUCAAGAUCUCCCUGGGUCUCAGAAACUUGACCGUCCUCGACCGUGGCUGCCCAGGCGCACCCUCCGCCGCCACUCCCUGGAACGUCGACUGCCAGUCCAACACUACCAUUAGCGAUCGACUAAAUCUCUUUUCUGCCUGGCGUGGUAGAUCUCUCGAUGGAAAUGCCUACUGGACUUUGUUGACUACGUGCCCUACAGACUCGGCUGUUGGGCUGGCCUGGAGGAGCCAGGUUUGCCGUCAGGGGUCGGGAACCAGUUCGGAUGGGCAAGGGAACAACGAGACCGUCGCCGGCGCCAACGUCGUUGUGCGAACCUCGACAGAAUGGCAGGUGUUUGCUCACGAGACGGGACACACUUUUGGAGCCGUCCAUGACUGUACAAGCUCUACUUGCCCUGUUAGCGCCUCCUCACAAUCGUGCUGUCCGCUCAGUACCAGCAGUUGCGAUGCUGGGGGCCGGUACAUCAUGAAUCCUUCAACUGGCACCGGUAUCACCCAGUUUUCCCCGUGCAGUGUGGGCAACAUUUGCUCCAGCCUCAAGGCCGCCUCUCUCUCAAGCUGCCUAACUGACAACAAGAACGUACCAACCAUUACAGGUAGCCAGUGUGGCAACGGCAUUGUCGAAGAAGGCGAAGAAUGCGACUGCGGCGGUACUCAGGGCUGCCAGAACAACACAUGCUGCAACGCCACAACUUGCAAGUUUAGGAACAACGCCGUAUGCGACCCGUCCAACGAAGACUGCUGCAACGACCAGUGCCAGUUUGCAUCCUCGUCAACGGUAUGCCGCCCCAGUACUGGCGAGUGCGACAUUCAGGAGACGUGCCCCGGCAACGCAGCUAGGUGCCCUGAUGACCAGCACAAGGCAGAUGGCGACACUUGCGGCAGCGGCAAUGGGCUCCAGUGCGCUUCGGGCCAGUGUACAUCUCGCGAUAGACAGUGCCAGGCCGCCGUUGGUACCCAGGCCGACAACAGCUCGACUACGGCCUGCCCUGAUACCCGAGACAGCUGCACUGUUUCCUGCACUUCCGGACAAACUGCUUUUGGGCAGCGUCAGUGUCUCUUGUUUGGCCAGAACUUUAUCGACGGAACUCCCUGCGGUGCCGGCGGACACUGCUCGAACGGAUCAUGCGAAGGCACCUCGACGUCUCGAGAGAUUAGGGACUGGAUCGAUGACCACAAGGCGAUUGUCAUCCCCAUCGCCGUCGUCGUCGGAAUCCUGCUCAUCAUCAUAGUGGUGAGCGGCAUCAUCAGCUGCUGCCGCCGAGCGCGAAGACGCGCAGUGCCCAAGACUUCGCCCACGACGGCAGCAUGGGCGCAGUGGGGAGGCAACCAGAGCCGUGCACCAGGGCAACAGUAUGGCCUGGCCCAGCCUCAGUACGAUCCGCCGCCGCCGGCCUAUGGUCAACAGCAGCAGCCUCCGGAUUACGGACAGCCGCCGAAUCAGGGGUGGAGGCCAAGGGUAGAACGGUAUGCCUAA